AUGCUGGUUUCCAGACGGAUACCAAUACUAGCCUAUCUCUUCUUGGCAUCUCUUCUUGCUCUUCUCGCGUUCAAAUUUCAUUUGUCCACACGCUCAGACGAAGAUGAUCCGACACCUUUCGAUUUUGCAUUAAAUUUCUUAGUGAAGCCUGAAAGUGAAACUAGUCCGAACGUUUUGGUACUAGUGACAACAACACCAUCAGAAGUUCGGAUGAGAGAUCAGGUUAGAAGAUCAUGGGCAAAUUAUACAAGUCAAACUGUUCGUGUCGAGUUCUUGAUGGGAAUCCCUACCAAGGAGCAACUUCCAGCGAUACAAAAAGAGAGUGAUGUCUACAAUGAUAUGAUAAUAGCAGAUGUGAUUGAAGGAUACUAUAGUUUAGCUGCAAAGACAAUGGCAAUGCUUCUCUAUAAAACUCGGUAUUACCCAGAUGCAAAGUGUCUCGUCAAGGCCGAUGUUGAUAACGUUUUGAUACUACGAAACUAUGAGAGAUUGUGUGAAGAAGCUGUCGGACCAGUGAUUCUGGGCAAAUGUGAUGUUCCUCGAAGUGUAUUACGAAAUACUACAAAAUGGGCGGUACCAGAGUUUGUAUACUCGGAGCCUGUGUAUCCAACAUAUUGUUCCACUGGCACAUACGUCUUGGCUGGAAAAACAGUCCCACAACGACUAAUUAAAGAAGCGAUGAGGAGCCCGUUUUCCAGUUCACUGAAUUUCAGAAAACUCUCUGAAGACGUCAUAUUCACUGGAAUCCUUGCCGAGAAGGCCGGUGUACGACGUCGUCAUAUCAAUGGUCUCUCAUUUUUCGAAAUGCCGGAAUUUUUCUGUCGGAACGGUUUUAAGACAACGUACAGUACGCAUUUGUUGAAUGAUAAGAAUCCGGUGAAGAACUUUUAUAAAUUGAUGAAGAUCGAAGGAGUCAUGUGCAAAUGGUGGGAUCCAUAUGGAGUACGGAGGUGGUAUAAUUGA